CCCAGUUAUUUUCAUUUCACUAGCCACACCCGCACACCGCAUUUUCAUUUUCAUUUCAAGACGACGCCAGUCAAUAUUAAAGAUACCAUGGGAGCAAACAACAGUCGAUUACCAGGUCGUGUAUAUUCAUAUAUCAGGACUCUUGAAAAGCUAACUCCAGUCGGCAGCAGUAUUGAUUCAUACAACAAGACUCUUGAAAAGCCAACUCCAGGUCAUGUAUAUUCAUAUAACAGGACUCUUGAAAAGCCAACUCCAGUCGGCAGCAGUAUUGAUUCAUACAACAGGACUCUUGAAAAGCCAACUCCAGGUUCUAUAUGUUCACAUAUCAUGACUAGUUAUGAAACGCGAAAUUUUGACGGCGCUAUUGACGAUCAGGAUAAACAUCGAUUGUGGGCUUAUAAUAGUGGCUCUGCGAUUGAAAAAUACAAUAGUGGCUCUGCGAUUGGAAAAUACGUGAUUAUUACAGACAAAAGUCCACCUGAUCAUAAUAGCACGUCGUAUAUCGUCGAGGCCACUGGUGAUGAUGAAGGGGAAAAUGAAGAUCUAACUAAAAUUACGUUCCUCAAAGCUGAUGGAAAAAAGCAUAUGUAUCCACCAUAUUGGUUUCAACUGCAGUUGGAAAAAAAAGACCAGAAAUACUACCUUGCUGCUUCAGAAAAAGAUGUGGUCGCAUUUGUUGGGGCUAAAGAUGCAACAUUAUUUAGAGUUAUCGAAUUGUUCAGUCCAAAUGAAGCAUUUUGUGUACUUCAAUCCAAUAAAAAAACUGAAGUUGAAGUUGAGGGUACGGAUGAGAAGAAAAAAAAGAAAAAGAAAAAAGUUUACUUGUACCUGAGCAGUGAUAGAGUUGGGAAUCUGAAAUUGAAGAUUUGGAACGAGCCUGCUCCAUACCCUCCACACACAAGUGCACAUGUUGACCCUGCCUUGCUAUUUCGGGUGGUUAGGCCAUGUAACCUAAAGACUAUAUAAACUAGUGAAAACAAUAAUUACAGUGUGGGACUUGAAUUGAUUCCCAUUAUUUUAAAAACAUUUACCAUAGUUCUGCAGUUUCAAGUAAUGCCAUUUACAAUAAAGAAAUUAAACACAAAAAGCGCAUAAAAAAGUAUGUGUCAAAUAUACUUUUUCAUUUGGUUGAGCGAACGCCAUCGACUUACUGGUUGUACUACAGCAUGCAUGUGCAAGAAUAUUUUUUUUGUUCCUGAUAAUAUGUUUCUAUGCGCAUUUUUUCUUCAGCAAAUUUAACAUAUAUAGGAGCCUUGUUCAAAAGCUAGUCAUGACAGCUUUUCAACAGAGAAGAAUGCUCGUGUGUACGACCGUUAAGGAAAACUUGACAAGGAAUCGCUGUAGGGAACAACGCAACAAUCUUCGAGCCAAUCGAGCGGCUUUUUGAAGUUUUAUCAUUUCUGUUUGUUUUGAGAUUCGGUCGUAUACUCAUUUUAUUUCAUCAUGGCUCAUAUUAUCGUAAAAUAUACUCAUAUUAUCGAUUCAUCGUAAGACUUGUGGAGAAAAAUUUGUUAAAUUUUUCGCCUACACAUGCACGAGCAAAUAAAACUUUGCAAGAAAAACUUGUCAAAGAAAUCUUGUUCGUCAUACACACAGGCACUGAGUAAACUGGUCACGAAAACUUGUAAAGGAAAACCUGCCCGUCUGUACGGGGCUUAACGACAUGUUUACGACAUUCAGGAUCCAGAAACUCAACAAAUACACUGUUUCAUGGCAAAAAAAUUGGUCAUCAG